AUGGCACCAGCUGUGGCCCAGCUUCUCUUCCUCCAGCUUGUUCUAGGGCCCACUCUGGUCAUGGCUGUCCAGCUGGAGAUUGCUGUCCAGAACUUCCGCACCUUAAACAUGGACUAUCCCAAGGUGAAAUUCCCGGAUGAUUUCAAGGGCUACUGUAAUGGUUUUAUGUCCUACGUGCGGGGCAGAAAGGAACAAUGGUAUUGCCCUAAGACACAUUACGUGUUGCACACCCCCUGGAAAACCAUCUGGAAGUCCUGCAAGAAUAGUGAGAGCUUCUGUGAGAACUACAAUGAAUACUGCACACUCACCACGAAGCCCUUCCCCAUCACAAUCUGCAGAGUGAACAAGAGACAGCCACCCACCAGCUGCCGCUACUCAAGCACUGAAACCAACCGAAAGCUCUACCUGCUCUGCUCCAGCAAGUAUGAAGGCCAACCGAUAGGUAUCCUUGGCCUCUACAAGAGAACUUAA